AUGAUGUUGGGCAGAGUUGCUCUCUUUGGCCUUGUCCUGUGCUGCCUGCUGUGGACAGAGGAUGUGGAGGGAGGAUCCAGCUUUUUAAGCCCGGCCGAUAUGCAUAAACAUGCGGGUAAGAAGAUACCCAAAAAACUGCCAUACAACAACAUGAACCGCAGGGAGGCCGGAGACGCCUGGGGGGAUCUUGUGGACGAACGAUCAGAAGACCCAGAAGAGAUUGGGGUGACCAUCCCUCUGGACCUUAACCUGAAGCUGACCCAGGACCAGUUCCAGAGACAGAAAGCCACCAUAGAAAACCUCCUGCUCGGACUGUUCUCCCUCGGCUCAGCUCCAGAUGUAGAAGAGGAGAAAGCCUAGCAGUCCCCCUGCCGCACGCUGAGCCGCAGUCC